GCAUCGUCCCAUUGCGAAGAAAAGAGAAAGAACGGAACGUCAACUGUAAACAUUCAGUUCCAGCUUAUCCAUGGCUGCCCUCUUUUCCUUAUCUUCACCUUCCUUGACCAGAACAGCCACUGCUCUCCCUUAUCCAACCACUUCCUUCAAGGGAAAUGUUAAUAUUCUCAACUCAAAGCACCUCAGCAUUUCUUCACUCAGACUCAAGUCUAAGUCUGUAGAUGGUAAACACUUGGUUGUUCGCAACCAAGCUGCUGCUUCUUCCCUGUCUGCCUCCCCCGCCGAGAAUGUGCGGUUCCGUCUUGACAACCUCGGACCACAGCCGGGUUCGAGGAAGAGGGGCAAGAGAAAGGGGAGAGGUAUAUCGGCGGGGCAGGGCGGUAGCUGUGGGUUUGGAAUGAGAGGACAAAAAUCAAGGUCUGGACCUGGUGUAAGAAAAGGAUUCGAAGGUGGUCAAAUGCCUCUUUAUCGGAGAAUCCCCAAGCUUAGAGGAAUUGCAGGAGGUAUGCAUGCUGGGUUACCUAAAUAUGUGCCAGUGAAUCUUAAAGACAUUGAAGAGGCGGGAUUUCAGGAAGGGGAAGAGGUAUCUUUGGAAUCUUUAAAAGAGAAGGGUUUGAUCAACCCAUCAGGAAGAGAAAGGAAACUCCCAUUAAAGAUUUUAGCGGAUGGAGAGCUAAGUGUAAAGCUAAACAUCAAAGCUCGGGCCUUUUCAUCAGCAGCAAAAGAGAAACUUGAAGCUGCUGGCUGCUCCCUAACUGUUUUACCUGGCCGAAAGAAAUGGGUUAAGCCAUCAGUGGCUAAGAACCUCGCACGUGCAGAGGAAUACUUUGCAAAGAAAAAGGCUGCAGCAGCUGCUGCAGAACAGGCAUCUGCUUGAAUAAUUGUAAAGUUGCAGUUGGUGACAAAUUCCAGGUUAAAUCUCUUCCUUAGUAAGUUUGGGCCUUAGCUAGUUUGUGGGCUUUAAGUCCAAUUCAAUGCUGUCUGAUUGUAUUAUUGAUUGAUUUCAAGAGCAAAAUUUUCUCUGAAAUAUUCGUGUUCUCUCUUACUUUAAACUACCAGAAAAGAGUAAAAGCAAUUUUCUUUUUCUUUC